AUGAGAAAGUACAACACCGGGGAACCCGAGAGCUCAGCCAGUCCAGCUAGCCAACACAGCGAGUCCAGCCCUGUCGAGAUUUACAGCUGCGACGGCGACUGUGCCAUAGCCCAUUCCAUUUCCGACGUGAUCCGAGAAGACCAGACGGUUGGCAUCCAGGCUGCAGAGGUUCUGCUUGCUGUCUGCGACACAGAAGGUGCAUGGAAGGAAUUCAAAAAAGCCGAGAACAACGGUUCGAUAUACUUGACAGCUCUGGCUCGAUCUGCCGAGACGGAAAAUCAAUGCAAAGUCACAUUGGACCUACUCGGAAACCAGAUCUUCCCAUCAUCGAUAGACCCUGAUCUACCCCAGUUGUGCCUUCUGUACGCACUUGUUUGCGACAACUUCAAGUGUGGGUUGGGGGACAAGACACAGACCAUCGCCGAUGCUGUCUCGGCCUGCGCGGUCGUCAUCAACAGCUUCCUACUUCGAGACAAGAAUUCGGUCGAUUUGGCUCACUAUAUUUUACUGGACAACUUCAUGCAAAACCACGACGAGCUCCUCGAUGAUAUGUGCAAGAGCCAGCUUCAGUUUUAUCUCAGCAACGUCGAUACAUGGGUCUUGACUGGCAGCAUGGAAAACACAAUGCAAUCUAGCAGCUUCUGCGACGAUUCCUCAUCAUCGCUACCUGUACGCGUGCUCCAGCAGUGUCUUGUGUGGUGCUGUCAGCAACUUCACCAUGUAUCCAAUGAUUUGGACUACACAAUGCGACUCCAAAUCAACAUCCACCCUGGUGAAUACCAAGCGGCCUGGAAAGACGUCAUCGAACUCUUCGGCACACUCUGGCGUAUACUCAAAUACCAAUUCAUAUCCAAAGGCAAGUGGCCAAAGUGGGCGGGCCAGUCUGUCGAGGCCAUGAACAUUUCUCACGCCGAGACUCUCUCUUACGUCUGCUGGCUUUUGGUUAACCCCAAGAACAUCAUUGGCAGCAGCGAGGGGGAGCAGGACCUGUUUGUGAGAUCAAGAGUGGUGGCCCACGACGUAUUCCAUUGGUCAUCCGAAGCCUUGUGGGUAGCUUUCCGGGAGGCCUUCGAGAGAUUCAACAGACUCACUGUUGCAGAUGGCAAAGAGAACAGAGACUUUGGCGCCGCUGCCAUCGAGCAGUUUAGAGCCUUCGUUAGAAUCACGCUUCAUGGGUCUGAUGAUUCCAACGCGGCCCUUACGGCAGACAUGGCUGGGCUUUGGUGGGGAGGUUGCGGUGCCGGAUGA